CAUCAUGAACACUGCUGAUUUUAAGGUUAUGUGCAUCAAACGCCAAAUCGCACGAUGUUUUGAAAGACCAAGGGUGCGUUCGGGAAGCACGCUAUUCGCACAAUAAGUAUCUAAGACCGUUCGAGGAGACGCUUUGUGGCGCUAUAAAAUUGAUAAUGACAUCACUCUCAAAGCAGCGUGACGUCAUUAUUCGCGCAAUUUUUCGCUAUCAUUUUCGAGUGCAACCAGAAAGAACAAACCAAUUGUGUCAAAAGUCAAAUAAAGACAAUUUAUUAAACUGUGAGAAACUGUAUUCACAAUGGCUCAAUCACUUAGUCAAAUAUCUGAAAAUGUCGAAAUUCAUCUUUUAGAUGAAAACGACGUGACAUACACAAUAAAAGUAUCGCCAAAUGAUGCAGCGCGUGCAGAAAAUGAUACGAUAUUUGCUACUUAUCUUCUAAAAAGAGCAAAAUCACAAGAUUCAGAUUUUGAUGCAGCAAGUCUUUCAAUGGAGUCUUCCAAUUCUGAGGAUAAUAAUGAAUCAAUGUUUAAAUGGUCUCAUGCGGCAAUUCUAUUGCUGGUAGAAAAGUAUCGGCUACAAGAAAAUAACAUUGUAUCGGGUAAAAUGUCCCAGAAAAAAGUAUGGAAUAAUAUUGCAUCAGCAUUAUCUGUUAAAGGCUAUAAUGUCACUGGACCUGAAUAUCUUUCAAAAUUUCACGGAAUGAAACGAACUUAUAAAUCUAUAAAAGAUCACAAUAGCAAAUCAGGGAAUAAUCUUAGAACAUGGCCUUAUAUGGAAGUCAUGGAAUCUUUGCUUAGUGAACGACCUUUUAUGUCGCCUCCAGCAAUAGCCUCUUCAAGCAGUAUGUGUUCUAAUUCCAGAUCUAAUAGAGAAUCUAACUUAUCAAAUGCAAAUAUAUGUAACAAUGCAAACUCAAAUAAUAAAAAUUUAGCUAUUCAAAUUCUCGGAAGCGCAAGGCACAAGAAAGUACAUCAAACAUUGCUGAAUCAAUUUUACGAAGUCAGAAAUUGGCUGAGAACAACAGUGAUCAGAGGCACAAAGAAAACAUGGACUUUAAAAAGCAAAUGCUAGAAUUCAUGGGUAAAAUUUUAGACAAAUUAUAAAUGUUUUUAUUUUAAUUUACAUGCAACAAAGAUAAAACGAAGCUGUAGUACAAAUUAUAAGAUUGUUUCCUUUGUUUUUGAUAAAACAUGUAGCAUUUAUUUUCUUGUUUACUUUUUAGUACAAUUAAUAUUUUAUUUAGUUUUGUAAAAUAUAGUAUAGUAGCUGGUACAUCUAUUAUACUGCGUUCUGUCUUCCUUAAUAUUUUAAACAUAUUCUUAAAAUUUGCUUUAUUUUUUAAUAUUAAUAAUUAAUAUUAAGUUUAUACACAUAAGUAUUCACUAAUGUCUUCCCAUUGUAUUUGAAUUAGGUUAGGUUAGGUUAGGUUUUAGUAUGGUUAGGUUAGGUUAGUUUAGGUUAGGUUAGGUUAGGUUAGGUUACCCCCAAUAAUUUGAAUUAUUUUGACGAUUUUCAACUUUAUGCCUAUACAUACAUAUUUUUAUAAUAUAGUUAAUUAGUUAGAUAAAGUUGUUGCGUAAACAUGGUCAUAGACGCAACGCAUAAAGUUGUGAAAAUCGUACAAAUAACAGUUAUAAUAGCAAGAGAUUAAUAACUUCUUGUGUAUAUCUGUGAUAAAUUGAAUAAUGGUUAUAUGCAUAAGUGAUACUUAAUGUUAAGAACACUGAUAUAUAAAAUAAUAUUUUUCUUUCUAUGUUGGAACAAUUAAAAUGUUUGGUAAAUAUUUCUGAUGAAAGUUAUGUGGAACAGAAUUACUACAUUCAGUUAACUUAAUUAGUCUAUUAUAACAAAAUUAAUCAAUCAUAUUGAUCAGAAAAAUAAAUUGGUUCAUUAAUUUUGCUGCUUGGUCGAUCGAAAAAGUUAACCAGAGUUAGUGAUAUUAGUUUUUAUGUAUAACUAAGUAUUACAUUAUACUUAGUAUUACUUAUACAGUGUUACAUAUAUGUAACUUGUUUUUAUUUUUAUUGUACCUCAAGACAAUACAAAGUAUUUCAUUUUUAUUUUGUCGAAGGGAAUGAUUAAUUAAUAUUAAUGCUUGGUCGACCGAUUAAG